GGUCGAUCUUGUGCUUGUCCAUAGCGGCUUCUCUGUCGGCGUCAGUUUUACGGCAUCGUCAAUCGGCUUCCCCCCCCCCCCCCAUCGGUGAAUAUUCCCCCGCGUCUUUUCCGUUUGUGCAAUCGAGGAUGUUAGUGUCCUCGAAUUGACAGCCAAGUCACUGGCGUUAUCAGCAACACCAGAACACCGUUAACAGGUUCACCAGUUGUACAUCGGUGUAACUGAGUGGGGAUCGCUUCUUGUUUUUUGAAUAGUUAAUUUUUUUUAUUAUUCUCCGGCAUUUUUGUUUUAUUUCAAAGCCCUUGAGACCCUGAGGAACCGGAUCCACGUUGGAAAAAUUCCAUGGCAUGUUGAUUCUACCACAAAUGGAUAGGAGUUUAAAUUCCCAGCAUGAUUUUAUGAUGUGCUGCUGAAGACAGGAGUGCACCAUUUGCUGUAUUACAACGACAGUGGGACACAUGUGAGCAACUGUGGACAUGUUAUCUAUGUAGCAGUGGGAUUAAUUAGAAUUUUGCAAUAAAGUGAUUAAGAGUGUUGUCGGGAUUGCAAGUCGAUAGCAGUUGCGAUGUCGUCGGCGGGUGAAUUCUCGACGCUGUCGAGUGGUGAAGCCACUGGUACUGGUGAUGAUUCUCUGCCAAGUUCAAGGGAAGCUACUGCUGAAGCUUCUGGUUCUUCCGGUGGUUUUUUACCACUCGGGGAAUUUAUCGACAGAUUUUCGCUGCCAAGAGUUGUCAGGGUUGAAGGUGGUGGUGGACGACCGAUAUUACUUUAUAAGCAACAGCAGCGAUCCCUGAGAGUCACGGCAACACUUCUGAUGCAUCGCUACCGUCACGAUGUCAAAGUGGGACCGGAAAUUGUGAUACCGGAGGGCUAUCCUGGCUGGUUCUCAGUGGUGUCUAACAACAGCGGGGCCGGAAAUGCUAGAGUUUACAGGAGAAUUGGCGCACUAGUGAGAGCCGGAGUUCCGGCAUUUCUACUUGCGAAGCCUCUGCGGGCGUACACUCUCACUCACUCCAAAAUGGAAAGUGGAAAUCUGAGAGCGCACUACACUAAAACAACAAUUCGAGCUGGUGAAGUACUUCGACUGGCUGCUGUCUUCCAGGACACCCGAAAGUCACCAGUCUCAGGUGGUGUAACAGCCGUGACAGCGGGUGCCUCGGAGAAAAAAAAUUCCAGGUCAUCGGAGCGUGAUCAGUACGCUCAGUGCCUCGAUUCCCAGGGUCAUGAACUCUUUGCGCCGCUAUCAUCACGCGGUGAAUUCUACGCAACAUGUCAGAGUGGUAGUCUCGACACAGGUAGUGAUGCAGUUCUCUAUCGAGUGCAUCAACUUGCCAGAAGAGAUUUACCAUUACGAGUGAGGCUAGUCGCUGGACCCCUGCCGGUACCACUGCCGAGGGAUUACACGGGACUGAUGCAACUCGAGUGUGCGACGAGGGGCCCUAUCGUCCUCGGUUGUGCUGUGCCCCUUCUACCUGAGCGACCAUUGCCAAGUGCAACUGUACCAGAAUUACUGGAGCUGGUGGCAACUGGGCCCGGUGCACCGAGAGUCAAACGGGCGAGACUGGGCUGUCCGUCGGAGACGCGACUCCUUGCAUCACCCAAAAUGCAGAGGCUCUUGAGCGCUUGCAGACGAGCCCUGGACCAGCGUGCGACGGAGCCUCGAGUGGCGCCUCCAAAGCCAGUAGCCCCCAGUAUUCAACUAAAAGAGCUCCACCUGAAGGAGAUAAAAUCCAAACCCGAAGCAAAGCCCAUCCUCCAAAGUCUAAAAAAUGGCCUCGAACAAAUCAAGAAAACGACAAUUCGCGAUCGCAGCAAUUCCCGUAGUAGUGACCCAACCCCAAGUUUUCUCGAACGAUUAACCAGGAUAACGCACGGCGGUAGAAGUAGAAAUCCAGCUAAAAAAUCAGCGUCAUUCACGUUUGCAAUACGACCUGAAAUUGGCAUGAGGUCGGCCGAGCGUUACGCAAGCUUAGAAUCAGACGCCAAUGCACUCCUAUCCAGCCGGGGUAUUGCCGGUUGUACGUCGAGACAACAGGUACAGAGAUCGGUAUCAACAAGUGUGCUGGAGGUGCAGCAGACUAGAGACUUGGAUCCACCCUAUUCUAAGGUCAGGGACAGCCUGACCCCACUUCCACCGACUCCACCACCCAAGCCCGAGGAUAUCUACACCGAGAUCUGCGAGCCAACGAACGAUCGAUCCAGGAGGAAUCGAGCUACGCCGGAAGCCAAGCAACCACCGCAUGGAAAAACCGGUACCAAUGAGAGAGAUCGGGGUUACGUCAAGUUAGCAUCGCACUCGGAAAUAUCAGACGUGUCAAACAGUACCGAGGACGAGGAGGGAAUAUACAAUACUGUUUGUUAAAAUUACAUUGUUUAUUACUCCAUUACCUGGAUCUCUGGACAAUUUUAUUUUCGAAUUUAUCCGUCAAUUUUUUUUCUGGAAAAUUUUUUAAGAUAAAUCCCCUGCGGAAACUCCACCCAACCCCCCAGGAAUUGAUGGGAGGUCAAGGCCACCAGGAAGUAAUAGCCAAUUGAGGAAAUUUUCGUGACUCCCUCGAUCUACAUACACCGCUAAACGUUUAAUCAAUUAAGUCGUUACGGCUCUCUGACUCUUCCUGUCCUUUGGCUGUUGUACGUAAUAUCCUAUCCCCCCUGCCACCCCCCCUUGUGCACCGACCAACUACCAUCAAGAAUUUACGCAGGUUCGCGUGACGCUUGCGAUACACCUCGGAUGUAUGAUUACGACAUGUGUACUUGGUUGGUAUUUUAAACGCCCUCGACCCCGGGGAGUUAAACUACUGGGUUCCCGUAAGAACGUGAGCUCUGGUCAAUCUACCGGCAUUUUUCCAUCACAAUUUUUACCUUCCGUAUGAUUGAUCCUACCCUGGUGGGGGCUCACGCCCCGAGGGUGUGCAUGGGUGUACACUGGCCGUGAACCGUCGGGAAACGGGGCGGGAGGGGGCUAAGGGGGUGGAUAAAUGAUGCGUUUGGUAUCAACUUGUCUCACGAGAGACCGUCAAACUGGUUGUCUUGAUGUAAUGAUUAAGUUGUAAUAUUUGUAUGUUAUGUACAGAAAACACUCAUGGAAUAAAUAUCAUGAACAGACUAA